GACUAUAGAGAGAGCAAAUAACUUCCUUCUUCAAAGCGCCAUUUUCACGCUCGUCACGGGACUACAGCAUGCUAUUAUCUAAAAUAUAAUAUUGUCAAUAUAAUAGUCAAGAGUAUAUACCUUUUGUAACCUAUUUCACUUAUUUUUGUAUAAUGGGGCGAAAGAAGAAGAAGCAGAUGAAGCCAUGGUGCUGGUACUGCAAUCGAGACUUUGAUGAUGAAAAAAUCCUCAUCCAGCAUCAGAAGGCAAAGCAUUUUAAAUGCCAUAUUUGUCACAAGAAGUUAUACACUGGUCCAGGCUUGGCUAUUCAUUGCAUGCAGGUCCACAAAGAGACUAUUGACAGUGUUCCAAAUGCAAUUCCUGGGAGAACGGACAUUGAGCUUGAGAUCUAUGGGAUGGAGGGAAUUCCAGAGAAAGACAUGCAGGAAAGAAGACGAACAUUGGAACAGAAAUCACAAGAGAGCCAAAAGAAGAAGUCAAACAACCAGGACGACUCAGAUGAUGAUGACGACGACGACGAAGCAGGACCAUCAGCUCAGCAAGUGUCUGCCAUCCACCCCCAAGCAGGUUAUGCUGUUCCAAUGACCCAGCCUGGUAUCCCUCCUGUUGCUGGUGCUCCUGGAAUUCCUCAUGGGGGAUAUCAAGGCAAGAAUGCCUCCUAUGAUGCCAGGUGUUCCUCCCAUGAUGCACGGCAUGCCUCCUGCUAUGCAUGGAAUGCCACCAGCCAUGAUGCCAAUGGGAGGGAUGAUGCCUCCCAUGAUGCCUGGAAUGCCUGCAAUUCCUCCAGGAAUGCCGCAUCAUAUGGCUCCACGGCCAGGGAUUCCCCACAUGGCCCCAACUCCUGCAGCAGGACCAAUACCCAGCAGACCAACGGCACCGGCAGCACAACCUGCCAUCACCAAACCCCUCUUCCCCAGUGCGGCACAGACCUUCAGUCUGCAUCCUCCCAGACUUCCUUUCCUAACAUGCAACAAGCACAGCAGAACACUUCAGGAACCGCACCUACAAACUCCCUUAGCACUGGCGCCUCAUCCGAGCCUCCCAAAGCGACAUUCCCUGCCUAUACCCAGCCCUCUGUUUCCUCUUCCACUUCUUCUAAUCCCUCUAGCAAUACUGUGGCCAAACCCCCAGCCACAGUGACCAGUAAGCCUGCCACCCUCACCACCACGAGUGCAACUAGUAAGUUGAUCCACCCUGAUGAGGAUAUCUCGCUGGAGGAGAUGAAGGCUCAGUUGCCUCGCUACCAGCGCCUCAUACCCAGGGCUGGUCAGGCCCAUGUGGCUGCUCCCCAAGUGGCAGCUGUGGGUGGCAUAAUGCCCCCACAGCAAGGUCUGCCACCACAGCAGUCUGGCAUGAGGCAUCCCAUGCAUGGUCAGUACAGUGCCCCCCCUCAGGGCAUGCCUGGCUACAUGCCUGGAGGGAUGCCUCCUUACGGGCAAGGUCCUCCUAUGGUGCCCCAGUACCAGGGAGGCCCUCCCAUGGGUAUGAGGCCACCUGUCAUGUCUCCAGCAGGACGCUACUGACGAAGCAAAGCAGCCACCACAUUAGGUUUGGGGUUAACACCUUUCUCUCACCCUUGUGCUUUUUCAAAGCUAGCUGAAAGCAAAGAGUGGUCAGACCAGUGGUGGUGAAGACAAACAUUAUUUGUUAGAACACAUGGACAUUUGUUGUAACAUGUUUGUUGGAGAACAGCAAAACACCACAUAACUACCGAAGAGCAGUUUUUGGUGUUAUAUGAUCACAUGUGAGGAUAUAUUCUUUUCCCAUAGGUUUCACUCAGGUUCAUAGAGGUGAAGUGUGUAAAAAUGAUUCGUAUUUCUUUUGAAGCUGCUGGAGUUACACAUGAACAUACCAACCCCUUACAAAGGCAAGUUUCUCUUGUAAACAUUUGGUUAUUUUUCUUUCUUUUGUAGAAUGUUUGAGGCCCUCACAGCACGCAUAGGUGCUGUUGGACAUUCGUCCCCAACCUUGGUUGGUGAGGGUCUCGGCAAUUAAAGAUGAUUCCAACAAAGUAGUAAUUCAGAGCCACGACUCACAAGAUUCUAGCAAAAAAAAAAUUCAGGUUUUUUUAAUUAUUUCCUGGUCAACUGCUUAAUUGUAUGCAUCCUUUGUAAUGUUUUAUCAAUCUGUUGUAAUAAAAUCCAUCUUGAAAUCGAAUGCUGGUUUGUCCUGAAGUACGUGGAGGUGAGUCCUAAAGGUUUGUAAUAGUGUCUUAUUUUCUCCACAUUUUAAGGCGCUGUUAAGUGACAAGAUUUCAUCAGGUAUUUCAAGUUUACCAUCAGUUUUUUUUUUUCUUCGUUUUGUUUCAUCAUUGUCAUGAUAGCACUGUUUAGAACCAUUUUAAAGAUUUUAUGUUCAUGGCAAACACAGCGGUGGGUUGUGUUUUUAUUUUAUUUUUCUAGCUACGUUUGUUCCAAAGAUAGCAUGUAACCAAUUUGAUUUAAACAAUUGUAUGUGAAAUUUCACGUUUAGGUGUAAUACACUUUCAUUACAAUGAAAGACAGUAAAUUGGUUCCGCUUACUGAUUUCUUAGAUGUUAUCUUUCCUACAUAUGCUUAUUAAUACUGAAAAGUGCAUGUGUGCUCCAUUGAACAAAACAACCCCAACAAUACAGUAAGUCGAGGUUAUGUUCCCGAAUCCUCUGAAGCAUGCUUUCAUUUUGCAAAUCUCGAUCUUGUAAAUUUUAGUUCUUAAUAAAGCUUGUUUGUUUGAUUAAAUGGGCUUUUUUCGGGGGUUAUAAUGCAGUGGUCACAAGCACACUUUAAUCAGCACAGAAUUAGUAAAUGGUAGAUUUAAGGAAACUGGUUGAUUCUCUUUUUUUUUUUUCUGACUCGCCUCCACAGCCUGUCUGUAUUGCUGGGUGGUUUUGUGUUAACGUCUAUCCUCUGCAUUAACGUCUUCCAGAACAUUCAUCGGUGUUAUGUGUCAUGGCCCAGUCUUGGGAGAUUGUUCCUCAGGAAGCAAUCUCUGUAACAGUAAACUUGGUUAUUCAGGCAAAACGACAAGAGCUGGUUCACAAGAGGACGUAAAGGUAUUUAGUGUGGCCUAACUUUUUCCUCUGCCCGUUUCACUUACCGCUUUGUAUUUGUUUUUGUUGUCUGUAGCCCAUCCAUAUGAACUUUUCAGCAUUAAAACCCAGUCAGCUGGCAUGACAAGUCAGUUAAACCCAGUAAGUACCUGAUGUUCAUUAAAGUGUGGGUCUGUUCUGUACCACUAGCAUCCAGGCCCAGUACUUUAUGAUGCGUUAAGGAUGUGUUCCACAGAUAAGAUGAAAGUGUCUGUUGCAAUUUAUUAGUUGAAAGGUGCUAAGGUGUAAAGUUUAAAAAGUCUUUACGGUAGCCCCCAUCUGGUAUUAUGCCACAUGGUAAGUAGUUGGAAGCAUCUAGAAAUUCCACGAGGAGUUACUGAACACUGAGCCAGUGUUUUUGAGCAGAAGAUAGUUGACCUAUUCAAAAAACAUUUUCUUAAGUUUGGGAGUAGAAUGUUAAAUGUUCAUGACAACAUAAUCUUUUUACCACUAUUUUAUAGAACAUAGAACGUUUGAAGCGAGAUAAUGAAACUUUAGAUGGCAGCAACACAUCUUUUAAAACAAUGUAAACAUCUCACCUGAUGGUUAAAUUCUUGUCUGAAAGAAUACCAACUACUCAACAGUUCUGAUUCUCAUUUGGCAGAAAGGAAAUACAUACAUUUUGCAUCAGAGAGGCUAUUAUCUGGACUGAGAGCAGAUGAGAAGGUGAUAGUCUUUUUUUCCCCCUCAUUCUGAGUGAGGGCCAUUUGGGACUUUAAAGAAAAGGUAUAUUUGUCCCCUAGACCAGUUUUCCAUUUUACAACAGUCCAUUUUCCAAGAAACUAAUUUUCCCUCUUCAAACUGGUUUAUUUUUUUACCUUUUAACAUUAGCCUCUGCACAGCUUUUACUUUGGUAUAGUGAAAUUAAUUUUUUGCAAUGUAAUAUUAUGCUUCUUAUGUUUUUUAUUUCACUUUACCUUUUAGCUGUACCCUUCCCUUUUUAUUUUUUAGAAAAAGAUGUGUUACUGUCAUCAAAGUGAAUACAAAUAUAUUUCAUACGAAAAAUAACGUCUCAAUGUAGAUUUUUGGGGGGAUAGAGUUGUAUUGGUUAAAAUAUUUAACUUUUCCCUCAUGGUUAUCUUCAUAGAUAAACUCCGAAAGCCUUGAAAGAAGCUCAUGUAGCUAUAAUAUAAUUGUGCACAUUUUUCUUGUCUCCCAUCUACUGAUGAACCCCUUCAAGUUUGGCCUGAACAGCAAAACACAGUUUGGAUAAAUGGGUAUUGUAAUCACAGCUGGAAAAAGAUUAUUUCAAAACCAUCUAGAAUGACCAAACAAGCUACUAUAAAAACAGUUUAUAACAGCGCUUAAAAGAUUAUUUGUUUUAUUAGAAAUAAAUCAUUUGAAUGAAGAUUUUGUUUCAUUGUUGAAUUUCAUAAUGGAUUAAGAAUAAAUGGA